AAGUGUAUAUGGUUUUGGGACAAGUUAAUUCCAAAGUGGCCCUCUAAAUUCUCAUCUACAUACAAAAGUAGUAUGGACAUAUACAGAGUUGUUGAUUAAAGACGAAAGCGUUUUCAGCCCGUGAAUGAUGGCCGACACGGACGUCAGUUUUGAACGACCAAAGCCAAAAAUUAGUGAAAAAAGACAAACAUCAAUAACAGUAUUCUUCAGAUACAAAUCGAUUUAGAUUUUGGAGUGAAUCCAGUAAAUACCCAGAUGCCGAAAGCAGCAGCAGCAGCAAAUCUAAUGUUAUGUCUGUUUUUGUUAGUUCUAACGUUUUUUGAAAUCUCGACGGCCGAUAAUUAUGUCCGACCACCUCCUCGUCAAACUCUUCACUUUGAUUUUCGUUCCAAAUCUUCUUCUAAGCUUCCCCAACAGGUUCACAUCUCUUUGGCUGGAAAUAACUACAUGCGAGUCUCAUGGGUCACUACUGAUAAAUCAUCUCCUUCGACUGUCGAAUAUGGAAAAUCACCUGGGGAAUACAGUUCUAUAGCUGAAGGAGAGACUACUUCUUACAAAUAUCUAUUUUAUAAGUCAGGGACAAUACACCAUAGUGUUAUUGGUCCACUAGAACCUAACAGCAUUUACUACUACCGAUGCGGAGGACAAGGUCCUGAGUUCCAGCUCAAGACCCCUCCAUCGAAGUUUCCAAUAACUUUUGCUGUUGCUGGCGAUAUGGGUCAAACUGGCUGGACUAAGUCAACACUAGAUCACAUAGGGCAGUGCAAUUAUGAUGUGCAUAUGCUCCCCGGUGACCUUUCAUAUGCGAAUUACUUGCAGCACCGGUGGGACUCAUUUGGUGAGUUGGUGCAGCCACUUGCUAGUGCAAGGCCAUGGAUGGUUACAGAAGGGAAUCAUGAAGAAGAGAGUAUACCAUUACUAAAAGAUGGGUUUGAAUCUUACAAUGCUAGAUGGAAAAUGCCAUUUGAAGAGAGUGGAUCAAGUUCAAAUCUCUAUUACUCUUUUGAAGUUGCAGGAGUUCAUGCAAUCAUGCUUGGUUCGUACGCUGACUAUGAGGAAGAUUCUGAUCAAUACAGCUGGCUAAAGGCUGAUCUGCUAAAAGUGGACCGUAAAAGGACGCCAUGGCUACUUGCACUGUUCCAUGUUCCAUGGUAUAAUAGUAACACUGCUCAUCAACGUGAAGGAGAUAGGAUGAUGUCUGCUAUGGAGCCAUUACUUUAUGCCGCUGGUGCAGAUAUAGUGUUAGCAGGCCAUGUCCAUGCUUAUGAACGUUCGAAACGUGUUUACCAAGGUAAAUCAGAUCCCUGUGGUGCUGUCCACAUAACAAUUGGUGAUGGAGGGAACCAAGAAGGAUUAGCAAACAAGUAUAAAGACCCAGUGCCAGAGUGGUCCGUCUUCCGUGAGGCGAGCUUUGGUCAUGGAGAGCUGAAGAUGGUGAAUUCAAGUCAUGCCUUUUGGAGUUGGCAUAGGAACGAUGAUGAUGAACCAGUGAGGUCUGAUCAAGUCUGGAUAACUUCUUUGGUGAGUUCAGGAUGUGUCGAUAUGAAGAAUUAUGAACUAAAAGAAAAACUCGUGGCACCAUGAACUGAUUAAACUUCUAAUUCCAAAGUAGAGCAUUGCGAAACUAAUUCCCACUUUGAUGCCACUGGAAAUGUGUUGGGAGUUGAGCAACCCCUGUGUUGAUUGUACUGUAUGUAAGUGUAAUAUGUUUUUUGGUAAUGUAAUUGAAUGCAACAGCAUACAAAAGUA